UCUCUGCGCACCCGGCAGAGAGGGAGGAAGCGCCAGCGGGAGGGAUACGCGCACGCGCCUCGGCGACACUCGCGCGCACUCCGGACACGGUGGUGGAAGAAAGAAGCGUCCUCGCCUCGUCAGGUUUGGAUGAGCUACCUCCAGAAGUCGUGACCGAGGGGCGAGAGACACACACCCACACAACACACCCCACCCCCGCCCCGCCCCCACCCGUCAGCCAUGCCGCCGCCGGCAGACAUCGUGAAGGUGGCCAUCGAGUGGCCGGGGGCCUUUCCCAAGCUCAUGGAGAUCGACCAGAAAAAGCCUCUCUCCGCCAUCAUCAAGGAAGUGUGUGAGGGGUGGUCCUUGGGGAACCACGAAAACUUUGCCCUGCAGAUUGCUGAUGCCACAAAUUUCUACAUCACAGAAAAGAACCGCAAUGACAUCAAGAAUGGGUCCAUCCUGCGCCUGACCACCUCUCCUUACCAGACUGCGGUCCAGCUCCACGAACGGAUCCAGUCGUCCAGCAUGGACGCCAAGCUGGAGUCUCUGAAGGACCUGGCCAGUGCGUCGAGGGACAUCACCUUCGCACAGGAGUUCAUCAACCUCGACGGCAUCUCCCUGCUCACUCUGAUGGUGGAGAGUGGGACCGAACGCUAUCAGAAACUACAGAAGAUAAUGAAGCCCUGUUUCGGCGACCUGCUGUCCUUCACUCUGACGGCCUUUGUGGAGCUGAUGGACCACGGCAUUGUCUCCUGGGACACUUUCUCUGUGGCCUUCAUCAAGAAGAUCGCCAGCUACGUGAACAAGUCGGCCAUGGACACGGCCGUGCUGCAGCGCUCCCUGGCCAUCCUGGAGUCCAUUGUGCUCAACAGUCAGGAUCUUUACCACAAGGUGGCGCAGGAGAUCACCAUCGGGCAGCUCAUCCCACAUCUCCAAGGGACUGAUCAAGACAUCCAGACCUACACUAUUGCUGUCAUCAACGCACUCUUUCUCAAAGCUCCCGAGGACAAGAGACAGGUUGAUGAGCACAUUGUGGACAUCCUAAAUUGUCCCCUAACAGAGAUGGCCCAUAUUCUCGCCCAGAAGCAGCUGCGCUCCAUCAUUCUCAGUAACGUGAUCCGGAGCCCCACAGCCAUCAACGCCGAGAUGGCCCACCAAUUGUACGUCCUGCAGGUGCUCACCUUCAACCUGCUGGAGGACCGCAUGAUGACCAAGAUGGAUCCCCAGGACCAGGCUCAGAGGGACAUCAUCUUUGAGCUGCGGAGAAUCGCCUUCGACGUGGAGUGCGAGCCCAACAACAGCGGCAGCAUCGAGAAGCGCAAGUCCAUGUACACCCGCGACUACAAGAAGCUCGGCUUCAUCAACCACGUGAAUCCAGCUGUGGAUUUCACCCAGAUCCCUCCGGGCAUGCUGGCUCUAGAUAACAUGUUGUAUUUUGCCAGACACCACCAGGACGCCUACAUCAGGAUCGUCCUGGAGAACAGCAGUCGAGAAGACAAGCACGAGUGUCCGUUUGGCCGCAGCAGCAUCGAGCUGACCAAGAUGCUCUGUGAGAUUCUCAAAGUCGGCGAGCUACCCAGUGAAAACUGCCCCGAAUUUCACCCAAUGUUCUUCACCCACGAUCGCUCCUUUGAGGAAUUCUUCUGCAUCUGCAUCCAGCUGCUCAACAAAACCUGGAAGGAGAUGAGAGCCACGAGUGAAGACUUCAACAAGGUAAUGCAGGUGGUGAGGGAGCAGAUCAUGCGAGCGCUGACUGUCAAGCCUAAUUCCCUGGACCAGUUCAAGAGUCGCCUGCAGAACCUGAGCUACACAGAGAUCCUGAAGAUACGCCAGUCCGAAAGGAUGAAUCAGGAAGACUUCCAGUCCCGCCCCAUCCUGGAGCUGAGGGAGAAGAUCCAGCCCGAGAUCAUGGAGUUGAUAAAGCAGCAGAGGCUCAACAGGUUGUGCGAUGGAACCUGCUUCCGUAAAAUCAGUAGCCGCAGGAGGCAAGAUAAGUUUUGGUAUUGCCGUCUGUCUCCGAACCAUAAAGUCCUGCACUACGGAGAUCUGGAAGAGAGCCCUCAGGGCGAAGUGGCCCACGACUCUUUACAGGACAAACUGCCUGUGGCUGAUAUCAAAGCUGUUAUCACCGGAAAAGACUGUCCUCACAUGAAGGAGAAGGGAGCCCUGAAGCAAAACAAGGAGGUGUUGGAGCUGGCCUUCUCUGUCCUCUAUGAGUCGGACGAGUAUUUAAACUUCAUUGCUCCUGACAAGCAUGAGUACUGCAUGUGGACAGAUGGUCUGAACGCCCUCCUGGGUAAGGAGAUGACCAGCGAAUACACCAAAUCCGACAUGGACACCUUGCUCAACAUGGAGAUGAAGCUCCGGCUCUUGGAUCUAGAGAACAUCCAGAUCCCCGAGGCCCCGCCCCCCAUUCCCAAAGAACCUAGCAACUACGACUUUGUUUACGACUGUAACUAGAAGAACAACCCCCAUGAGCCCAAACCUACCCAGCACCUACUGUACUCCCUCCAACCAAUUCCCCUUUCUUAUAAACUGGAACAAAUUGAAAAAAAAAAAAGAUGUAAUGUAAAAGAUGAACUGUGACUAAACGAAAAAGGAUCUAUUGAACUAUUUUCCUCUUCUUUGCGUUUGGCUAGACCUUUCCAAGAGAGACCACGGUGCAUAGUAACAGGCUCGCUGCGCUAGAGGGGACUCUGGUUUCGAUGCAGAGUCCUCAGGUUGCCAUGGAGAAUAUUUUUCGCCUGUCGUUCGGUCGUCCUCCGUCUCUUUCGGCACUCUGCGUCUUUCCGCGUCUGCUGUUUUGAGACGUUCUCCUCCUUCUCCUCGACCGGAGGCGCCUGCAGUCCUUAUUGCAGAUUGUGGUAGACCAAUGUUAGAAACGUAUCUUCCUUGUUGUCCUUUUUUAUGUUUACUUCCCUCAGGGCUUCUUGGGAGGGAUGGAUGAUGGCCGCGUAGCUCGGAGAGGAAGGGGUUUGUGUUUUGUUGUCACCUUUUCAGCAGUAUUUCCUGUCACAUUCUCACAUACAGUAUUUGUGGCAGCUAAAUGUUUUCCAAGAGGCGGAUUAAAGUACAAUUUAAAAUAUUCUCUAAUAUCCGCUCUGUCCUGCUACGCAUUUACUGAAGACUGUUAGAAUAAGUCAAUUCUCUAAAUGAAGGCACUGUACAUUAGUAAAGAACGUUUCUUUUAAAGAGUAAAAUGUUGACGUUGCUGUUCCACUGCUGCUUAUUGCAUAUUGUACACAACUACAGAGUUGCUUUGCCAAAUACAAUCUUAGAAGCGGCACCAUUGUGAAAACCCAAACAAACACACUCGUCUCUCCCCCGUUUGUCUCUCUCGUCGUGAUAACUGCUGUACACAACAUUCCGAAGCAAUAUUUGAGCUUUUUUUUUUGUUCAUCAUUUUUUUAAAUGGUCCUAAUUUAGGGAUUUUAAAGUUGUGAAUCUGCCUAAUUGAGUUAGUAUUGCAAAGGAGAUGUUAUUGUUUGGUCAAGGGAAGUUGUCUUUUCUUUGUGUGUUCAGGAGUAUACAGCCACAGAAUUGAACGCUUUUUUUAUUUUUUUUAUUUAAACAGAUCAUGGUUUUAUUCUAGUAUGAUUCAUAUAUUUUCCCCUGCCUAUUUAAUACCUUCAGAUGUUUUUCUUUUAGGAUUUUUCCAAGCCCCUCAAAACUGCUGUUUACAUUAAAGAUUUAAGAACUGUAACUACUUUU